AUGCUACAGCGCACCAUUUUAUUAACCUUGGGAUGUUUGCUGGUACUUGAAGUCGGAAACUCCAGCGCUUCCAUUUCACUUCCUAUCAAAGGUGUUAAACGUAUGGCAUUGAAGUCUGCGAAAGUGGGAGCGACAAGUGGCACCGAGCAUACAAUCGAAAGCGGUGUCCGAAACGCAGAUCUUGCAUAUCUAUUGGAGAUUGGAGUAGGCUCUCCACCGCAACCCUUCACGUUAUUGUUUGAUACAGGGUCGUCCACGACGUGGAUCCCUGUGGACAAUUGCGGUCAUCGCUGCGGCUUUCCACCACACGGAUACUCUGACGCUAGUUCGUCUACCAGCGAAAGUACAACUCUAAAGUUCGAUAUUCAAUAUGGGAGAGGAUUUGCAGAAGGAUAUUUUGUCAAGGAAACAGUAACGCUCGGAAAUGCUAGCAUUCCUCAAACUUAUAUUGCGGUGUCGAAUUUCAAUGAUGGAGAGCUUUCUAUGGACGGCGCGGAUGGCAUAUUCGGAGCCGGACCUGACGAGCUGUCUUAUUCCGACAACAGCGAAGGCAUCAUCAUCCCAACUGUUUUGACUAGUAUGAAAACUGAAAAAUUGAUCGACGAACGCAGCUUUUCAGUAUACUUCCAACCUCGCAAGGACGAAAACGAUGAAAGCAUCAAUGGAGUUGUAACGUUUGGUGGAGUUGACACAGAGCGAAUUGAACCCAAGAUCAAUUAUGUAAACGUUACCAAACAAGCUGGUUAUAAGGACUAUUGGGCUAUUAACAUCGAUGGCCUUGCCUUUGAUAACCAAACCGUCAGCAAAACCCAGUCGAUGGUGGCAUUAGUGGAUACGGGUACGACCAUGGUAUUAAUACCAGAGGCCAUUGCACGUGAUUUCUUUCGCAACAUACCUUCAGCAUAUCGAAGUCAAUCCGGGUUAUUCGUAAUUCCUUGCAACGCUUCCAACCUUCCAACGUUCUCAGUCAUUAUCAAUGGUGAAAAAUAUACACUAGAUGGGUCCCAAUAUGUGAUCCCACGAUUUCAGGUGCAACACUUGAAUCCAGACUAUUGUUAUACCUACCUACAAAGUGGACCACCUAACUUGCAGAUUAUACUUGGAUAUGGGUUCCUUCAGUCUGUGGGAACCAUUUACAACAUGGAUACUCGGCAAAUUGGCUUUGGUAGACACAAAGCUCAUUAA